GGGAGGCAGUAGCGCCCGCUCGGAUUUAGGGUGGGGGUUGCCCGGCUGGCCUAGAGGGGAUUUUCCAGCUCCACACACACGCUCAGCCUCAGUCUUCGCUGGGCACGGCUGCAGUCUCCCCUCGGCACCCACCCGAUGGCUUCUCUCCAGGACCCUCUGCCUGCAGAUCAUGCUGCAAAAGAGCCAAUAGAAGAUACAGAUCCAAGUACUUUUUCCUUAGAAAUGACAGAAAAGUAUCCUGUCCAAGACACAAGGCUACCUAAACAUGAGGAGUACUUAACAGAUAAAGUGACAUUGGAGAUAGCAUCUAUUAACAUCAGGAGUCUUACAUCAGAUUCUGGCCUAAUACAACAGCAAGAAGAGAGUGAUAGUCAAAACAACACUGGAGAAUCACUUUCAGAUAUGAGGAGGUCCUGCAAAGAAAAUGGCACCUGCUCCUUAUGCUUGUUACGAGCUCCAACCAUCGGUGACUUACUCAAUGAUGAGGACUUGUUGUACACAAUGAGGCUAAAGUUGGAUCCAUGCCACCCUACAGUAAAAAACUGGAGAAAUUUUGCAAGCAAGUGGGGAAUGACCUAUGAUGAAUUGUGUUUCCUGGAACAGAAACAACAAAGCCCUACACUGGAAUUUUUGUUGCGGAACAGUGACAGGACUGUGGAACAAUUGAUUGAGCUAUGCAAAUUAUAUCAAAGAAUUGAUGUUGUAAAAGUGCUGCUGAAGUGGGUGGAGGAAGAAUGGCCAAAGAGAGUGAAUGGAACUCACUUCUAGAUCACAGAAAAAUUGUUAGCUUGAAAAAUUUACUUGUCUAAUUACCACUAGCGAAAGGGAAGCUUUCUCUGUCAGUGGCAGGGCACAAACCAUCAGUUUACGCAGAAUAUAAGCUUUUAUUAUAUAUGCAUUUCAAGCCCUUUUGGUUGCAAAGAUAACCUUCCAAAUGUGAAUGGAAUAUUACUAAUACUGCGUUGUCUUCCUGAGUCAUCAAACAUCUUGAAUCUUUGUCAAUGUUCAUAUAUUUCCCAAGCAGGAGCAGAGUGAAAAAUAACAUAGCAUUGAGCAGUAUGGCCCUUGCAAUUUAGAACCUUGGAAGGAAUGAAACUGACAACCAUUUCAGUUGCCCACUGGUGUUGUUUUGUAAAGUUUUGAUUAGCAGCUGAGACCCUUGAACUGUUGUCCCUACCUCACUGGUGACCAUGUUCCUGUCUUUUAUGUCAGCUUCUACCUAAUAGGUGUUUGGUAAUAUUUCAGGUCUAGCAGAAGGAAUAAAAGGACUGUUAGAAAUGUUUAAAUAUAUUUUGUAUAGGAACACCUCAUGUAUUUCCAAGAUCAGUUUGCUUUUGCAUUAUUAGAUUAAUUUAAUGUCUGAAUACCCCCAUUUUGCAAAAAAAUAAUUUGGAUACUUAUUUAUAAAAAAGACAUAUUACAAUAUAGUACUAUACUACAUUAAAAUUACAUAUUGAUUAUGGAAAAUCACAUGUAAUUCAGAGAGAAUUUCCAAGGCGCACAUGAGUGAGGACAAAAAAACAAUUAAGAAAAUAUCUUACAUUAAAAAUUAGUUCCAAGAAUUCUGAAGGAAACAUUUAGUGGGAGGAUUAUUUAUUUUUUCCUCAAAUGCUUCUUGUUCUGGAGUGGGAAACAGCUCUAGCGUCACCCUCAGCAUCCUCAGUACCCACAAUGACUUUCCCGAUCAAAGAUUGUGGUCUUCUCUAAGAGAUCACAAAACAGACCUGUGGGCUGAGCCAUUUUCCGCUCAGACUAUUUCCUGCCUGUAAAACAGAACAAGGCUUAUGUACCACUUAAGCCACCAUUAUAGCUUAAAGGAGUCAAUAUGGAUAACUACUGGAGAGUUUAAGAGGAUUUAAGACUUAUCAGUCACCCCUAGGGAUUUGAUCUUGUUGCUCCUUUGAAUUUAAAUGGUUAAAUUUAAAACAUUUUAAAAGGGAUAAGGAAUAAGUGAUAUUGCUCUUUUCCCUAUAAUUUUUUAAAGUUAUUUUAAAAAAUCUGUUACAACAGAGCACUUAUUGCUAUAGUGUCACAAUAAGAAUUAUGAGAAUGCUAUUAACCAUUUAGUAACACUAUUCCAGUAGUUUUAGACAUUCUUUUAUGUUAACUAAAGCAUCUUGAGUUUGUACCUGAACAUAUAUAGCAAAAUAACAGUGGACAAUGUACCAAAACAUAGGCUAAAUCUAGGAUGGGGUUAUGGCUCAUGUACCAUUUAGUUUCAUAAAUUAGGACUCAUCACUCAAUUUUAGAAGCAAAGAGGUAUAUAGCAAAAGUGGGAUUGUGCAUUGAAAUCUCUACUUCAAGACAACACAAGGCCUAAUACAUAUUAUACUGUGUAUAUUUUAUAUCAGUGGGCGUGGUUAGAAAGUAGUUGGAGGUAAAAGCUGUCCAUUUCAAACAGGGGCCAGAUCUACAGGCAUCAUAAAUCAGUGUUGUUGCAUUGACUUCAGUAAAGAUGAGAAUAAAGUAACCUGAUUUCAGAUGCUGGGUAGUAAGGGUCAAAUUUUCCAUCACAAUCGUUUUUUGGAAGAGAAAUUGGAUUGACUAAUUUUCAUGAAAUUUAAUCUGAUUUCUGCAGGAAAACACUGGGGUUUGUUUUUUUAAUCGAAAAAACUGAGUGAUUAAAAAGUGAGACGCUUUUAGCAGAAAACUAAAAUAUUUUGAAUCUGAAAUGUUGCUGUGUUACCUCAUGGGAGCUAUUCUCCUCUGUGGGCUGAGGUCCUCAGCCAGGCUUAAUCUCCCAUGGCAUUCUGUACCCAUGGCACUGUCAUAUUCUCACCUAAAGGGAAUAUGUUUUCUCAUGGGACAUUGUAGUCCAACCUGGAAGCCUGACUUCUUGAGAAUGGGUGCAUGAUGUACUGCAUUGGCAUUUCCAAAUCAAAAUAUUUCAGUUGUCAGCAGACAUGCUAGUUCUUCCAUAAAUAUUUUUUUUUAGAAAAACAAAUCUCAUUUAAUCAUAAUUUUCCAUGGAGGGGACACGCACUUCAUCUCCCAACCAGCUGUAGUUCUGAGCCCUUGCAGUUCUCACUGAAGUCAGUGUAAGCUGUAUGUGUUCAGCACCUCUGAAGAGAAGGUCACUUUUAUUUAUGAGCCCAAGCAUGAAUUUAGCUUAACAUUAGGCUCGUUGGUUUGAAAAGGUUAUUCUUAAACUUUUACACCUGUAGUUGCUCAUUAUAACUGUAGUUGACAUAAUAGGAUUUAUUUAAUGUUUGUAUCCUUGAUAUGGCACGACCUAGGGAUGUUAAAUUUAGAUUAAUAGGCUAAUCGAAUAGUCGAUGCAAAUUGCAUCAACUAUUCAAUUAGUCUAGAAGGGAGCCUCACCUUUGAAGUGUAGCAACAGCCCCAAGGCUGUUGCUACACUUCAAAGGCAAAAGUGAUCUGGGGAGCACUGGGCCAGUGGGAGACGAAUUGAGUCCCCUGUUGGCCUCUUGCUCUUUGCUGCGUUUCAAAGUGGCAGCACUGCAUGGAGCUGGGGUCCAGCUGGGCACUCCCCUGCUGACCUCGGUUCUACAUGGCGUUGCUGCUUUGAAACAUCGCAUGGGGCUCCCUGC